AUGUCCACCUCAGCUCCCCUCAGUCGCUACCGACAGCUCUCCCCAACCGCGUCAAUUCGCGUCUCUCCGCUCUGCCUCGGGGCUAUGACCUUUGGUGUGUCAGACGGAGAGAUGUUUGGCGAAUGCAGCAAGGAGACGGCCUUUGCUAUCCUAGAUCACUUCUACCACCAAGGCGGCAAUUUCAUCGACACGGCGAAUGGAUAUCGGGCUGGGGAAUCAGAGAUGUGGCUAGGCGAAUGGUUGGCGUCCCGCAAGAACCGUGAUGACAUUGUCCUAGCCACCAAAUAUGCGGCAGGUUAUCGGGGCCACGAAAAAGACCGCAUUCAGGUGAACUACGGAGGAACGGGGACGAAGUCAAUGCGUCUUUCGGUGGACGCGUCUCUACAAAAGCUUCAGACGAGCUAUAUUGAUCUCCUCUACGUGCAUUUGUGGGACUACACGGUUUCGAUCCCAGAAUUGAUGCACGCCCUGAACGACCUGGUCGCAUCGGGGAAAGUCCACUAUCUCGGGAUUAGUGAUACCCCUGCUUGGGUGGUGUCCAAGGCAAACCAAUACGCCCGGGACCACGGAUUACGACAGUUUGUUGUCUACCAGGGGUUGUGGAACGCGGCGAAUCGUGAUUUUGAACGGGAUAUUCUCCCCAUGUGUCGCGAUGAGGGAAUGGGCCUUUGCCCUUAUGGAGUUCUGAACCAAGGUCGAUUCCGGACUGAGGAAGAAUUCCGGGAGCGUGACCAGACGAACAAUGCCGGGGGACGAAAUAUGGUCCCACUGUCAGAACACGAUCGCAAUGUCUCCAGGGUGUUGGAGAUAGUUGCCGCCUCUAAGGGUGUGCCGCUGUUGCAAGUGGCGCUGGCGUAUGUGGUGCGGAAAGCCCCAUAUGUGUUCCCCAUUGUUGGAGUCCGCAAGGUCGAGCAUCUCAUGGGCGUGGAGCCCGCCAUUCACAUUUCACUGACAGAUGCAGAGGUGAGCGCAAUCGAGAAUGCAUAUGAAUUCGAUCCUGGAUUUCCGCAUACCUUUCUCAGUGGUUCGAUGUUUGCUCGGGGGACGCCGAAGGGUGGGUAUGCUCCUGGUGAUGUUUGUUGGACCAAGAUGCUGGGCACUUUUGACUGGGUUGAGGGAGCGAAGCCCAUUCGUCCUCAACCAUAA